AUGUCUUCCUGGCCCAACGCUCACAACACCACAGUGUCGAAUCCUCGUCUCAAGCUGCUCAACCAGCUCAGGACUGGUGAUACAGCUUUGAUGACUUUUAUAGGGCUUCCCAGUGUCCGAUUAGCACAAAUCGUCUCGUCGACAGGCUUGGAUGCCGUCAUUGUGGAUUGCGAGCAUGGUCACGUCGGUGACGAUCAAAUGCACAAUGCGGUUGCAGGUAUCGCUUUCAACGGAUGCUCCCCUAUCAUCCGAAUUAGAAGUCCUCAUCCAGAUCUGAUCAAGCGAGCUUUGGACACCGGAGCUCAUGGUCUGAUGAUACCAAUGAUCAACACUGCUGAAGAGGCCGCUGCGGUCGUCAAAUACUCCAAGCUUCCUCCAAGAGGAUUGAGAGGUCAAGGUUCACCUUUCCCAGGAUAUGCCUUCGGGGUGCCUAUCCCCGAAUACAACAAGCAGUGCAACGAGACUUUGUUGACCAUCGUACAAAUCGAGACUAAGGAAGGAGUAGAAAACGUAGAAUCGAUAUGCGCUGUCGAUGGUGUUGAUAUGAUCUUCAUCGGUCCUAACGAUCUGGCAAUGUCACUACUUGGCUAUGCACCCGCCAAAUACACCGAACCGGUCUUCCUGGAAGCUAUCGAUAAGGUGGUCAAAGCUGCUAAGAAGCACGGUAAAUGGGUUUCUAAACUUGUAUAUAACGGACAACAAGCCAAGGACGCUGCCAAGGACUUCGACUGUCUAGCCGUAGGGAGUGAUUCAAAGAUCUUGAAAGAAUGGUUCACUGAGCAAGUUAACGUUGUCAGAGGCUAG